CAUUCCGCCAGGAAACAAAGAGAAAGGGAAGGAGAGGUAAUUCUCUUCUCGCUCCAGAAGGUCACCUGAUCAUAUACUUGAGUCUGCCACUUUGAAUAUAGCCGAGCACACACGGGAACGCCUCGACGCUGUAACACUGAAAGACUCCCACUCCCAAAGAUGGCUGACGGAAACCAACAAAGCCCCCCUCCACAGCUAGGGCCUGCGCAAUUUUUAAUGAGCAACAAGCUAGAAACUGCAAUGUGGUUGUCACGACUCUUCACCGUCUACUGCUCUGUCAUGUUUAUUUUGCCAAUCUUGGGACCUUAUGCAGCAGCUAACUUCUACCAGAGAGCUUUGUUGGCGAAUGCACUCACCAGUGCCCUUCGCUUACAUCAAAGGCUUCCACGCUUCCAGCUGAGCAGAACGUUCCUGGCCCAGGCUCUGCAGGAGGACAGCUGCCAUUACCUGCUCUACUCACUCAUCCUGGUCAACUCCUACCCCAUCACAAUGAGCAUCUUCCCAGUCUUCCUCUUCUCUUUGCUUCAUGCAACUACCUACACAAAGAAAGUCCUUGAUUCCGUGGGCCCUAACAGCAUGAUGUUCAUCAGAAACAUCCUGGACAAACUAACAUCCAAUCAGCAGAACAUCCUGAAGUUCAUCGCCUGUAAUGAGAUCUUCUUGAUGCCAGCCACUGUCUUUAUGCUCUUCAGUGGCCAGGGAAGCUUGCUGCUGCCUUUCAUUUACUACAGAUUCCUCACUCUCCGCUACACCUCCAGAAGAAACCCAUACUGCCGCACCUUGUUCACGGAACUGCGAAUUCUUCUGGAGCACUUCAUUAUGAAGCCUGCCUGUCCCGCCUUCUUCAGGAGAAUGUGCCUCAGCAGUAUCGCCUUCAUCAGCCGCCUCGCCCCCACGGGGGUCUGAUCACUCUGUGUACAAGUUUUGUUUUCCUUUCUUGCCAUUUAGGAUGUGACUUAAAUUUUGAUGGGGAUGGACAAUGUUAUCAACAGAAUGUUAACUUUACAAUCUGUGCUCCAGCUGCUCUGUAUAUUUGAGUACACCUGAAGAACAGCCAGUAAUGCACUGAAGUCUCAUUGUAUUUCUUUUCCCAUCUUCUUAAUGUGACUGUUUUCAGUUGGACAUUCCUCACUUUUGUUCACUGAGUGGAGCACAGUACACAUCAGCUUUGUGCUCUGUGUAUCAACUGUUGUUUUCCCCUUUUAUAUCCUUAUUUAUUCAUGACAUCACAUUCUAAGAUUAACUUAAAUAAAUGUGUAUCUAAUUUUAAAAUGUUUUUUUUUUUUUUUACAUUGUGCUUGGAUGGCUGAAGGAUAGGCUUUGUUUUCAGUUGCUUCUGAUGCUCUGAUUUGUCCAGAUGCCCAAGUUAAAAUAUAUUGUAUCAAGAUAUGCCAUCAACUCACUCUUUUAACUACAUGCAGAAUCUAUAUGGGCAUGAUGUCAAAAUGGGUGUUUAAUUGAGAAACAAGAUACCUGCUGUAUUUUAUAGAAAAUGUUAAGGUACCUGACAUUGCUUUUCUAUCCCUGAUUGAAAUGAAUUGCACAAAGUGUAUCAUGCUUUUGCAUUAAUUUUAACCUUGUUUCUCAGUUUCAAAACUCAUUUGAAUCUGCUUUGUUGUAGUUUUCUGGCUUAUCGCAUUGUAUGAUUUUAUUUUUCUGUCAUAUUAAAUGUGUUAGCCUACAGACCAUGUUUUUAGGACAAUAAAAUGAUCUUGAAUCA